AUGCGCGACUGGAUUGGCAGGAGACCUGAGCUGGGGCUGUAUGAUCGUCUCAUGGUGGAGCUCCGUAAUGAAGAUCCAAGGGCCUUCCAGAACUUCAUGAGAAUGCCACCUGCCAUGUUUGAUGAAAUUGUGCAGAGACUGACACCAGCCCUUUCCAAGGAGACCACCAACUGGCGAGCACCCCUUGAUCCAGGCCUGAAGGUUGCCCUCUCCCUGAGGCACCAUGCUUCUGGCGCCAAGUACCGUGAGAUGCAGUUUGGCUGGAAGGUCCCUCACAACACCAUCAGUCUGGUGUUGCGCGUAGUGUGUGCGGCCAUCGUCGAUGAGUUCCGUCAUGGGCUGCUCGCGCCACCACAGACUGCUGCAGAGUGGCGUCAGAUUAGUGACAAUUGGAUGAACAGUUGGAACUUUCCGCAUGUCAUUGGUGCAAUAGACAGCAAGCACAUUGCCUGUAAAUCUCCUGCCAACGUUCGGUCCGACUACUUCAACUUCAAGGGCUUCUUUAGUGUCAUCCUCCUGGCAGUCGUCACAUCUGACUACAAGUUCCUCUGGAUAGACGUCAGCGGCAAGGGGUCUUCGUCUGAUGUCCACAUCUACAAUGCAAGUGAUUUAAGAGAGGGUCUCCAGAACAAUGAUAUUAUUGGGUUCCCACAGCUAUACCUUACUUUCUGGUGGGAGAUGAUGCUUUCGCACUCCGGACCUACAUGA